UGAAGACAUGUUUCCCUCCGCGCACCGGGGAGUCGUGCCGCCCGCACACCUGAGGACGUGUUUAUAAUUCGGCUAACAGGAUUUUCCACGGACGAUAGACGCACAAACAGAGUCUUUAGGAGGUUUUAAAUAUGUUCUCUCACCGAAAGAUAAGGGAAAAUGGUUUUAAUUCAUUUGGUAAUGAGUUCACUUCAUUUGCGGAUUUUUUUUUUUUUAAUGCUCAUUUCACGGAUUGUUAUGAGUUCUUAAAGACGAGUCAAAAACUAAGGUCCAGUGGCCGUGAUCAGCGGCGAGGAAGACUCGGCCAGCCCCCUUCACCACGUCAACCACGGGAUCAUAACGCCGUGCACGCUGGACGCGGGGCCGGACGCCGUCGUCAUCGGGAUGACUCGCAUCCCCGUGGUGGAGAACCCGCAGUAUUUCCGACACGGACACAACUGCAACAAGCCGGCAACUCUGGUGCAGCAUAUCAAGCGCAGAGACAUCAUCCUGAAGAGGGAGCUCGGCGAGGGAGCCUUCGGAAAAGUCUUCCUGGCCGAGUGUUACAACCUGAGUCCCACCAAAGACAAGAUGCUGGUGGCUGUCAAGACGCUGAAAGACCCCAACCUGUCAGCCAGGAAGGACUUCCAGAGGGAGGCGGAGCUGCUGACCAACCUGCAGCACGACCACAUCGUCAAGUUCUACGGCGUGUGCGUGGACGGCGACCCCCUCAUCAUGGUCUUUGAGUACAUGAAGCACGGAGACCUCAACAAGUUCCUCAGAGCCCACGGUCCAGACGCCAUGAUCCUGGUGGACGGCCAGCCCCUGCAGUCCAACGGCGAGCUGGGCCUGUCCCAGAUGCUGCACAUCGCCUCCCAGAUCGCCUCGGGCAUGGUCUACCUGGCCUCGCAGCACUUUGUCCACAGGGACCUGGCCACCCGCAACUGCCUGGUGGGCAACGGUCUGCUGGUGAAGAUCGGAGACUUCGGCAUGUCCAGGGACAUCUACAGCAGCGACUACUACAGGAGGACGAUGGUUCGAUCCUCAGCCGGGACACACGAGGUGGGAGGACACACCAUGCUACCGAUCCGCUGGAUGCCCCCCGAGAGCAUCGUGUACAGGAAGUUCUCCACGGAAAGCGACGUCUGGAGCUUCGGAGUCAUCUUGUGGGAGAUCUUCACCUACGGGAAGCAGCCCUGGUUUCAGCUGGGCAACAACGAGGUGAUCGAGUGCAUCACGCAGGGCCACGUCCUGGACCGCCCCCGCAUCUGCCCCAAGGAGGUGUACGACAUCAUGCUGGGCUGCUGGCAGAGAGAACCCCAGCAGCGACUCAACAUCAAGGACAUCCAGAAGGUUCUGUUCGCCAUGGGGAAAGCCACGCCCGUCUACCUGGACAUCCUGGGCUAGGCCCCGCCCACAACCCGCUCCACUGUCGAAGAAACAACAAGGUUUUUUUGGGAAGGACUUAAGUGCCUGCAACACUUUUGGAUAUAGUGGAUAUAAAAACACACAAAAAAAAACUUUUACAUUUUGUUUACUUGCGUGUGAGCUGUACAGUUUCAAGACUUUCAAGUCCCCCUCCAAAAACCACCGAUCCUGAGGAGAAGGGCCAUGUAGUAACCAAGACCACCACAGCUAGAACCUCCCCCCGGCUUUUGGUUUGAUGAAUAUAUAUAGAAAUAUGACAUAUAUUUUAUAUUUAUUUCCUUUGGUCCAGGUCCUGUUGCGUGCUAAGGGCUGGUCCUCCGCCCCAGACGCCAAACAAACUUUUGGCCCCCGGGGGCCUCCGAGAUGGACGCCUUACUUGCACUCUGGGAAAGCAGGAGGAGAGGACCUUCUUCCCCCGCCAGACAAGUGACAAAUCUAUUUUAAUUUCGCAGAAAAAAAACUACAAAAAAAAGAGAAGAAUGUACAUAUUGUAAAGUUUAUGUGUCAAAGUUGUGUUAACUUAUUGUUUCCCCACACUUUCUUGCACCACUGCGAGCGUACCACGGUCCGCGCGCGCCGUCGCUUUAAGACGGCUUUCCCACGCCAGUCUAGAAAGGCUUUUUUUUUUCCCCCAAUUUUGAGUACAAAGCGCUAUUUUUGGUUGCAGGUGUUUUUCGAGAAACGUUCCGCGUUAAUAAUUGAACGUGGUCUGUGCUCAGCCCGAGACGCUCGCUAUCACGUUCUUGAGAGAAACAACAAAUUUUUUUUUUAAAGCAGUAUAGCAAAGUUUGUGGUUGUUCAUAUUUGAGAGACGGCUCCGAAAGUUUGCAGCCGCGCUAAAGCUGCGGAGCGUUACAUCAACGACGAGUAUUACCAGGGAAAUAGUUGUCGUGGUGAAAAGAUACUAACUUGUUGCGUCCAAAAAAAACCUUCCAUUCCACAUUUUAGCUUCUCGUUACGUCCUGUAGAACAAUAUGGCCCACGAAACACGUGGAAGGAGGCAAUGUUCGGGGGAGACAAGUCCAAACAUUGUCGGAGGUUGACCACGUUCGGAGACCUGACUUUGGCAUGGCUGGUUUGGUUGACGUUGCUUCGCUAAAUUCUGUCCUCAACGUCUUCGAUAAUCAGUUGCGGUUGUC